GCGACUGCUAAUUCGUGGGGCAGUCGUCUGAGAAAGGGUCGGUCGGCGGAGAGUGGAUAAGGAAAAAGGCAGAGAUUUUUUGACAGGGGGUGGGCGAUUGCGCACUGUCGACGGGAGGCGAUCAAUAUAAGAGGGUUAAACAGGAGGCCGGUCCCGCCAUAGCCAUGUCUGAAGGCGAAGAGAAAACAUGACGUUGUCGACUCCAUUGUUCGAAACGGGCAUGUGUGUCUAGUGUCCGGAGUUAGGAGGGAUGCCCCAGCGGGCGGCGAGCGGCCGCUGCUUCUCCACCCUCGUCUUCGUCCUCUUCGCUCUCGCCGCUUCCCAGGGGAUCGCAAAAGCGAAAAACAUACAAUACAAUAUGCAGUCGCUAUGCAAGAGCCACUUCUUGCAACAGGUGUACAGAAAGAUAGACGGGGCCGUCCUUAAAUCUCGGAACGAAAGAAAUUUGGACUGCGUGAUCACAUUUCAAACCGAAUCCAUCCUCCAGCGUUUUAUGCUCAGGUUCGACCAGCUCAGUCUAGACUGCAACGACCACCUUUUUAUUUUCGAUGGUGCACACGCGGUCGGAUCUUAUAAGGCUGAUCUCAGCUGCAGAAACACGAAGACUGCCGUCGGGUCUCUUUUUACGAGGACGAACUUCGUCACCCUCAAGUACGUGACUGAUGGUUGGGGGACGGAUUUGAACGGGUUCAACCUCGUGAUCACUGCCGUAAAAGAUUAUAAACACGACUGCAAAGAGUUUAGGUGCACAAUGCGAGAGUUCUGCAUAGCGACUGAUCUCGUCUGCGACGGUAUAAACCACUGCGGGGACGAGUCGGACGAAACAAGCUUCCCAAAAUGCUCCAGGGACGAUAUGGGAACAAUUUUCGGAAUGAGUAUGACGCUGUUUGUAGUAGCGAUUGUAAGCGGCGUUCUUAUCGUCUGUGCUAUCGUUGUCGGAAUCUCUGUCUGCAUCUGCAGGCAGCCACCUCUUCAGCACCAAAACACCAAUCUCCCUCCUGAUUGCGUGCCUGUAGUUGCAGAGCUGAGCUCGACCGGUGCCAACGGAGCAGGUGGAAGGAAGCUUCCGGAAAACUUGCUACCCCCUGCGGGGCUCGGGUACAGCGGAUCACUCCGGGCCCGCCUCUACUGCCAGGCAAAGUGAGCACCGCUCCUUCUGAUAGCGAUGUCUCCUCAAACCAAAAAGAUGAAUGGUUUGUUUAGAGGUUGGUGAGGAGCCCUGCAGGGUAUCAUCCGAAUGGGAGCAAGUACCCAGCACCCACGGAAAUUCAAAGACGCUUUUUUUUACACUUUUGUUUUUGUUUAAUUGUGACAUUUUAGACUGUUUAAUAAUGAGGGAUGUACCGAUGUCUACUUUUAAGGAUUAUAAUUCAACAUUUUAACAUCCUCUUUUUUUUUCUUGUUUUAGGUUAAACCAAAAUAUCAUAUAUGUGUCAUCAUUUGUUGCAAAGAAUAACAUCUAGUGUGUUAUCCUUAUUCAUGUAUUUUUAGUUGUAUUAUUGUUUGACAUUAACAAGCACGCCAUGUUUAAAAAAAAAUUACAAACUGUGUGCUACAUACUCAUUUCACUGGUGUUUAGAUGAAAAUUUGUUUUGUAGUCUUUAGAUGACAUUUGUCAAUUAAUGUUAAGUAAGUCUCUUGUAAUGUGUGACAAUAGAUCUUAUACAGGAUAUUUUCUAUGGGACACAUUUACUUCAUAAUAAGAAUUAAAAAAAUUGUAUCAUAAAGUGUUUCUUGUGGCAUUUAGCAAAAAGCUGACGAUGCCGUUAUGCAAGGUCAUGCAAGAGCUUGACAGCAUCUUUGAGUGAAUGGUGAAAUUAUUUUUUUGCAUAAAUGGCUAAUGUUUCAUUUUGUUUUUAAAUGUGAAAGGAAGAAUUGAAGUUUUUUAAAGAGAAGAAUUACUGUCUAAAUGCUUAGUCAAAAUAUCGAAAGGGAAACAUCCCUUUCCAUGCUUUGAUUCUUUGUUGUUAACUUUGUAAGUUAAAAAAACUGCCAUAAAUCUUUCCAAUAUUGUUCA